AUGUCGGUCUCGAACGAGAAGUCAGAGGACAUCGAAUAUACAACCAAUGGCCACGACCACGCCGCAACCAUGAUGCCAACGCUCGAGCAGGUCCAAACGCAGGGCAGCAUUACCAUCACGCCUGAGAUGUUCGAGCGGAUGUAUCUUGCGCCCCAGAACAAAGUCUCAGGAGACCUCAGAAGAACACUAGGAAAUCCGACACCGAUUGGUCUCGGCGGCUUUCUCAUUGCGUACUGCCCGAUCAUCUUCUCACUGCUUGGGUGGAGAGGGUACACUGGCGGUGGGGCGGCGACAGUCGGAACAUACUAUUUCUCCGGUGGUCUCCUGGCCAUCAUAGCGAUGAUUCUGGAGUUCAUCUUAGGAAAUACGUUCCCAGCUGUCUUUUUCGGAGUUUACGGAGGGUACUUCUUGUCGUAUGGCGCGACAAUCACACCAGGCUUCGCCGCAUAUCUUGCGUACGCACCAGACCCGAGCGACCCAUCUGGAGGACUCGAGGCACCAGCAUUCUUGUCGGGUCUUGCUUUCUGGAACCUAAUGAUGGGAAUUUUCACCAUCUACUGCACAAUCUGUGCGUUGAGAGUGAACCUGCUCUUCACACUGGCUUUCUUCUUCCUGGCUUUGACGUUCAUCCUGGUGUCUGCCAGCUAUUGGUGCGUCACAGAAGCCGGGAAGAUGGUCCAUAGAUCUCUCGCUAAUCGAAUUCAGGCUGGCGCUUCGUGCGGCUUUGUGGUCAUGAUCAUCGGGUGGUAUCUGCUGCUAGCCCUCAUGCUCACCACCGUGGACUUUCCCUUCAACUUGCCAGUCUUCGAUCUCAGCCACGUGGUGCCGAGCAAUACCGAGCUCAUGAAGAAGAGGAAGAAUAAGAAGGACCUGGAGAAGAACAACUAG